GACGAACUAGGAACUCACCUUUCAGAGACACAACCUUGGAGCACCACAUAUAUAACAUACCUUUAAACCGCCAAAAUGUCUAACCUUCCUACUGAGCCCGAGUUCCAGCAGGCUUACAACGAGCUUGUCAGCACCCUCGAGAACUCCUCCCUCUUCACCCAGAACCCCGAGUACAGAACUGCCCUCGAGGUCGUCUCCAUCCCCGAGCGCGUCAUCCAGUUCCGCGUCGUCUGGGAGGAUGACAAGGGCAAGCUCCAGGUCAACCGCGGAUACCGCGUCCAGUUCAACUCAGCCCUCGGUCCCUACAAGGGAGGUCUGAGAUUCCACCCUACCGUCAACCUGUCCGUCCUCAAGUUCCUCGGAUUCGAGCAGAUCUUCAAGAAUGCCUUGACCGGCCUCAACAUGGGUGGUGGCAAGGGUGGUUCCGACUUCGACCCCAAGGGCAAGAGCGACAACGAGAUCCGUCGCUUCUGCGUCUCCUUCAUGCGCCAGCUCAGCAAGCACAUUGGCGCCGACACCGACGUCCCCGCUGGUGACAUUGGUGUCUCUGGCCGCGAGAUCGGCUGGUUGUUCGGUACCUACCGCCAGGAGCGCAACAAGUUCGAGGGUGUCCUCACCGGAAAGGGCCUUACCUGGGGUGGUAGCUUGAUCCGUCCCGAGGCCACUGGAUACGGUGUCGUCUACUACGUCGAGCAGAUGCUCAAGUACGCCAACAAGGGCACCUUUGCCGGCAAGCGUGUUGCCAUUUCUGGUUCCGGUAACGUCGCCCAGUACGCUGCUCUCAAGUGCAUCGAGCUCGGUGCCACCGUCGUCUCCCUGUCCGACUCCCAGGGCUGCCUCGUCGCCGAAGGUGACGCUGCCUUCACCCCCGAGCAGAUCGAGAACAUUGCCGACCUCAAGGUCCAGCGCAAGUCUCUCACCGAGUUCGACCACAAGGGCUCCUUCAUGUACAUCAAGGGCGCCCGCCCCUGGACCCACGUUGGCAAGGUCGACAUUGCUCUGCCUUCCGCGACCCAGAACGAGGUCUCCAAGGAGGAGGCCGAGGCUCUCAUUGCCGCCGGCUGCAUUGCCAUCGCCGAGGGCUCCAACAUGGGCUGCACACAGGAGGCUAUCGACGUCUUCGAGGCUCACCGCAAGGAGAAGAACGCCGAGGCCAUCUGGUACGCUCCCGGCAAGGCUGCCAACUGCGGUGGUGUCGCCGUCUCUGGCCUCGAGAUGGCCCAGAACAGCCAGCGCCUGAGCUGGACCCGUGAGGAGGUUGACCAGAAGCUCAAGGACAUUAUGACCGCUGCCUUCUUCAACGGCCUCAACACCGCCAAGGAGUACGUCAAGGGUGGUGAGACUGAGCUUCCCAGCUUGGUCGCUGGUAGCAACAUUGCCGGCUUCGUCAAGGUUGCCCGUGCCAUGCACGACCAGGGUGACUGGUGGAACUAAACGCUCUCGACCGGUAAUUCGGAAGGGACACGAAAAGUUAGUGUUAGUGGCGGCAACCACGUCUAAGGACGAUGGGCAGACGUAGUGAUGACCUUGAAAUUUGGUGUAACGUCUAUUUGUAUUUC